AUGCCAAAACCCUCCUUCGACUCCCUCCCCCUCCAAAAAGACGGCCCUCCAGGCAACGCCUGGGGCCUCUUCGACCCCUCCGACGAAUGCGGCAUGCUCAACCUCCUAACCCCAGAGAAAACCCGCGUCGCCGCCGCAGAAAUACAAAAAGGAAUCCGCAUCUCAACGGACUGGCCGCUGGAUGCAAUGGCGAGGCCGUGUUUUGGGCGCGCGCCGUUCAAGCAGACGAUUAAGAACAAGGCGCCGAGAGAGGUUAAUGAUGAUACGUUGGAGUUUAAUACGCAGAGCAGUUCGCAGUGGGAUGGAUUUCGGCAUUAUGCGUAUCAGGAUGCGAGAGUUUAUUUUGGAGGUAGGACGUUGGGAGAUGUGCUUGGGGGGGCGGGGAUUGGGAUCCAUGCAUGGGCUGAAAACGGAGGCAUCAUCGGCCGCGGCGUCCUCCUUGACUACGCCUCCUGGGCCGACGCAAACAACAUCCCAAUCGACCACUUCACACCCACAACCAUAACAGUUUCAACCCUCAAACAAAUCGCAGCGUCCCAAGGCACAGCCCUCCAAGAAGGCGACAUCCUCUUCAUCCGCUCCGGCUGGACCCGCGCCUACACCCAGCUCUCAGACACCCAAGCUCAAGCCCUAGCCGACAUCCCCGUGCCGCCCGCCAUCGGGCUCGAGUCCUCGGAGGAGACGCUACGGUGGCUCUGGGAGACCGGGUUUGCGGCUGUAGCGGGGGAUAUGCCAAGUAUGGAGGCAUGGCCGUGUCAGGAUAAGAGGUUUUGGUUGCAUGAGUGGUUGUUGGCGGGGUGGGGGAUGCCGAUUGGGGAGUUGUUUGAUUUGGAGAGGUUGAGUGAGGUUUGUAGGGGGGAGGGGAGGUGGUCGUUUUUCUUUAGUAGCGUUCCGUUGAAGGUUCCUGGGGGCGUUGCUAGCCCUCCGAAUGGGGUUGCUAUUCUAUAG